AUGGAUGCCUCAUCUUCCUCUUUCCUCUCCGCGAUACAGCCUUCAAAGCUCCUCAUCCGUACCAUGACCAUGCCUAAAUCUUCUGUCACAACCACACCAUCAUUUCUAUCCCCUCAUGUUCCUCUCCUAAAUGUAUCAUCGGUUAGAAUUGAAGAAAAAACGCAAAAUUCAAGUAGUAGUAGUAGAAGUACUUCACGCCCUGCAUCAUCAACGACAUCCUUCCCUGCUGCUGCAACAGAAUCGACAAAGAAAUAUCCUGUAACCAACAGACGAGUACCAGAACCAACCCUGCCCUCCAUGAUGUUCAAUGUAUUGGACGGGCUCAUAAACAGCUUCAUAGACCCUCCGCUUCGGCCAUCAGUGGAUCCUAGAUAUGUACUUUGUGAUAACUUUGCUCCAGUUGACGAACUUCCUCCAACCGAGUGUGAGGUGAUCCAAGGAUCUCUUCCACCAUGCCUUGAUGGUGCUUACAUCCGCAAUGGCCCAAACCCGCAGUACCUCCCUCGAGGACCUUACCACUUAUUUGAUGGUGACGGCAUGCUUCACUCCAUCAGCAUCUCCCAAGGGAAAGCCACUCUCUGCAGUCGCUACGUCAAGACUUACAAAUAUAACAUGGAGCGUGAUGCUGGGGCCCCACUUCUUCCAAAUGUCUUCUCUGGAUUCAAUGGACUCACUGCCUCCGCUGCUCGCGGUGCUCUCUCUGCUGCUCGAAUUCUAGCUGGUCAAUUUAAUCCUGCUAAGGGCAUCGGUCUAGCAAACACUAGCCUGGCUUAUUUUGGCAACAAUCUCUACGCACUUGGCGAGUCGGAUCUACCUUAUGCUGUGCGUUUGACAUCAAAUGGAGACAUACAGACAGUGGGUCGUCAUGAUUUUGCUGGGAAGCUGCUGAUGAGCAUGACUGCUCACCCCAAGAUAGACUUAAAGACAGGCGAGGCCUUUGCUUUUAGAUACGGUCCCCUUCCUCCAUUUCUAACGUACUUCCGCUUCGAUGCAAAUGGAAAUAAACAGCCAGAUGUGCCCAUAUUCUCCAUGACCAGCCCUUCUUUCCUCCAUGACUUUGCAAUUAGCAGCAAGUAUGCUAUAUUUGCUGAAAUACAGAUUGGGAUGAACCCCAUGGAAAUGGUGUUUGGAGGAGGCUCACCUGUGAGUUCGGACGCAGCAAAAGUACCUAGGCUUGGAAUCAUUCCUCGAUAUGCAAAGGAUGAGUCAGAGAUGAAAUGGUUCGAUAUGCCCGGGUUCAACAUCAUACACGCAAUCAACGCAUGGGAUGAAGAGGAUGCCGUAGUCUUGUUAGCGCCAAACAUUUUAUCAGUAGAACACACACUAGAGAGAAUGGACCUUGUCCAUGCCCUGGUUGAGAAAGUGAGAAUAGACUUGAAAACAGGUAUAGUUACAAGAAACCCAGUUUCCGCUAGAAACCUAGACUUUGGGGUGAUAAACCCAGCUUAUCUCGGGAAAAAGAACAGAUUUGUGUAUGCAGCAAUAGGUGACCCAAUGCCAAAGAUAUCAGGGGUGGUGAAGCUGGAUGUGUCCAAAGGAGAGCGGCAGGAAUGCACAGUGAGUAGGAGGAUGUAUGGGCCAGGAUGCUACGGUGGUGAGCCAUUCUUUGUAGCAAGGGAGCCUGAGAAUCCAGAGGCAGAGGAGGAUGAUGGGUACUUGAUGUCAUACGUUCAUGAUGAGAUGGCAGGAGAGUCCAAGUUCUUGGUGAUGGAUGCAAAAUCACCUGAGCUUGAUAUUGUGGCUGCCGUGAAGUUACCUCGGCGGGUUCCUUAUGGUUUCCAUGGACUUUUUGUGAAGGAAAGCGACCUGAAAAAGCUGUAG